AUGCCCACUUACGAAACGAUAAAAGAGACAGCCGACGAACGGUGGAAGACGCUCACGAGCGGUCCAGACCCUUGGAUUCGAGUCGGCACUGCCAUGUGCGGCCACUCCGCCGGAGCAUUUGACGUCAUAGACGCGCUCAGAGCCGAACUCGACAGCCGCGGGAUAGCGGCCCUCGUAGAUGAGGUCGGGUGUCUCGGCAUAUGCUACGCGGAGCCGCUGAUAGACGUUCUGAGGCCGGGUACUGAGUCCAGACUGUUCUUCGGCAACGUCACGCCAGAAGAUGUCGCAGCCAUCGUCGACAAGUACAUUGUCCAUGGGGUCGUUCCCGAUGACAAGGUGCUGGGGUACCUGGGCGAAGCUCCAAUCCAGGGUGCGCCAGACCUUCAGGAACUGCCGGGCAUAGGCAGGCAGCAGAGAAUCGCGCUGCGAAACGCCGGCCACAUCGCACCAAGUGACAUCCACCAGUACAUCGCCAACGGCGGGUACGCGGGCAUCCACAAAGCGCUUACGCAGAUGGAGCCGGAUGACGUCAUAAAGGAGAUGUCCGAUUCGGGCCUGAGAGGCCGAGGGGGAGCGGCGUUUCCGACAGGCGUAAAGUGGAGCUUCAUGGUGAGGUCGCCAGGGCCUCCCAAGUAUAUGCUUUGCAACUGUGAAGAGGGCGAUCCUGGCGCCUACAACGACAAGGGCAUACUGGAGAGCGACCCUCACACACUGCUGGAGGGCCUGAUAAUCGGCGGGUACGCCACCCGCGCGACGAACGGAAUCGUCUUCAUACGCCACGGACACGACGGUCCUAUUGACCGCACCGAGGAGGCCAUCAAGCAGGCGUACGAAGUGGGCCUGCUUGGCAAGAACAUCUUCGGCACCGACUUCAGCUUCGAGAUCGAGGUCGCCCUUACCGGUGAGUCCUACGUCGCGGGCGAAGAGACCGCACUCAUGGAGGCCAUCGAGGGCAAGCGCGCUCAGCCGCGAUUCCGUCCCCCCUUCCCUGCCGCAUUCGGCGUUUGGGGGCAUCCGUCCACUAUCAACAACGUAAAGACAUACUCAUACGCGCCUGAGAUCAUCUCGCGCGGCGCCGAGUGGUUCAGCUCCAUAGGCGUCAACCGAAGCACUGGCACAGCGAUAAUCUGUCUGAACGGAAACAUCGAGUAUCCGGGCCUGUACGAGGUGCCGAUGGGGAUGACGCUUGGCGAAGUCGUCAACGACAUCGGCGGCGGCGUACCGGACGGCAAACAGCUCAAACUGCUGCAGACCGGGGGGCCACUCGGGGGAGUGCUCAGCUCCGACAGCAUGGCAGUCCACUUGGACUUCGACGAGAUGCGGGACGCUGGGGCUAUACUCGGCUCCGGCGGAAUUAUCGUUGGAGACGAAGACGUAUGCGCCGUGGACCUCACUCGCGUGCUUGUGGCCUUCUGUCAGUUCGAGUCCUGUGGCAAGUGCUUCCCCUGCAGGCUGGGGAUGGAGCACUUGCUGGAGAUCACAGAACGCAUAGCACGCUGCGAGAGUCGUCCCGGCGACCUCGAACUGAUGCGUUCAGUAGGAACUACGAUGGAGGCAAGCUCGUUGUGCGGUCACGGACAGCUCGGCUUCGGUCCCAUCAGGUCGGCGCUGACUCACUUCGAGUCCGACUUCAUCGCACACAUUGAAGAGCGCAGGUGUCCAACCGGAAGCUGCCUCGGUCCGCACAUCGCCCCGAAGAACACGCGACCAUACGCCCUCGACUUCGUACCCGGAGCGCAGAAUGGCUGA